AUGUUGAAACCAAACCCAGAGCCUAAAGUUCAGAAACCCUAUAGACUAUCUCCUGAUAAACGCGAGGCACUGCGCCAUCAACUGGAUGAACUUUUGUCACAAGGAAUUAUUACACCUGUAUCAGAAAAGGCAGAUUUGCCUAUCACCAGCCCUAUUGUAUUGGUGUCAAAACGGUGUAAAGAUCCGUCAAAGUUGAAUGAAUUAGUAAAACGAUACAGUUUUAUGUGGAUGGUAAUUUCUUUCAGAGAUUACAGACCCCAGUACGAGAAGCUAAGACGUGAAAAGGAAGAAAAAGAUCUUGAAGAGCAGGAAGAACAGAUGUCUAGACUUCGCAUGGACAUGGGCAAAGACAAACCUGUGCUGAAGAAACAGACAGAUGGUAUGGCAAUCACCCCAGGCUUGGUGGAGGAUGACAGUGAUGAGGACGCACAUGACCCAGACAUGGUGGAUGAGGAGGAACAGAGGGAACUGGAAUCUUUCAGGAAUUUUAUUAAAAGUCAAAAAAGUCGCCAACAACAAAAACAAGACUCGGGAGUCGUGGACAAAACAUGACAAAAGACUUUUUUUUUUACCAAAUCUGUUGUUUGUUUUGUCACAUAGCUGUGCUAUUAAAAUUUGUCAUUGUUAAUGGUGUUUUUUUUUAGUUUUGUUUAUAGAGACAAAUAGACUUGGCAUCUCGUCUGUUUUGCAUCUUCUAAAUACAUACAUCAUAUGCCGGUAAAUACACAUACAUUUAUUAUUAUUGUAUAACACAAGUGUUGCGAAGUUGUGCCAGGUCUCUUUCUUUGGUUUGGUUUGUUUUUGUUUAAUGUCCUAUUAACAGCCAGGGUCAUUUAAGGACUUGCCAGGUUUUGGAGGUGGAAGUGUCACAGUCCCAACCAUAUUUUGCUAUAUACAUAUCCAUUAUAUUCCAGGAAGUGGAUAUUUUCUAUGUUGCUUGUACAAUUAUAAUACGGUAGAAUUUCUAUUUAUUUUAUUGUGUAAUUUAUAUUUAGUUUUGGUAAUUAUUUGUUAUUUGCUAUAAAUACGGAUUCUCCGGACCCGGGUUCAUAGCGAGUAAAUUAGUGUGAGAGAGAUAUUCGCACGGGUAAACGGGCGAACCGGUUGUGUGACCUUGGAAGGUAUACAUGGGUUAAACAAGCGCAAAAUACAGUUUGCGGUAAGUUAUAUUAUAUUUCUUAUACACCAAUGUGUUGGUUUUUAAACCCCGAAAUCUGUUGCGUUUAUAUCCGAAGUAUAACAUGUUAUUUUCUAAUCGUAAUGCGUACCGAUGAGUACAGUUCAUAGGUCUGUGAAUGUAAUGUUUAUGAGGCUAAUAUUUAAAGUAACUGAGCUAUGAUUUUUGAUGUAGAAGUAUAAUAUGUGUUUAGAAUUGUUGCAUUUGCGGUAAUUCAUAACUUAUUUGGUAGAAUUAGCAAGUCUUACGAGUAUUAAACGUGUAUGUGUUUAGUUAUCGUAUUAGCUCUUAUAUAAUAUGUAUAACUAUAUAUAUAGCGGGUAUAUCGCUAGUUUACUUUCUUUAUAUCAGUCUUUUAUAAGAGUACAAUUGAAUAAGUGUCAAAUAAUAUGUCGUUUACAUAAAUAAGUGCAUGUUGAUAGAACUAUGAUGUAGAUAAAUACUAUAUCAUUAUGGUAUUUGCAUAGUGUAGUAAAACCUUUAGUUAGACAUGCAUAUAUAUGUCGUUACAGUUUUAACCUAUGAUGGUGUGAGGGCAGAUGUCGAUUGAGACUGAUAUGGUAUCCAGUAACCAUAGUUUCCAGUCCUAUGUGGGCAAUACAAACACCAUUAUCACCAACUGAUUGCAGUCCUGUGUGGGUAGCUGUUGGUGAGAUGUUAAGUUGACAACUAUUGGUGAGCUAUCCUGUGUGGGCAGCUAUAUGCAUCGUAAGAAGUCCUGUGUGGGCAGAUUUUUAUGUUAUGUCCUUUGUGGGCAACCAUAUCUCCAUAUUUCCAUAUGUCCUGUGUGGGCGGAAGUAACUUUAUACAGACCUUUGUGGUCAACCAUAUUUCCAUAUGUCCUGUGUGGACGGAUAUAACUUUAUACAGACCUUUGUGGUCAACCAUAUUUCCAUAUGUCCUGUGUGGACGGAUAUAACUGUAUACCGACCUUUGUGGUCAACCAUAUUUCCAUAUGUCCUGUGUGGGCGGAUAUAACUGUAUACAGACCUUUGUGGACAACUCUAUUCCCAUGUGUCCUGUGUGGGCAUAUAUCUACAUUUAUGUGGCAACGUUGAGCAGAUACAUAAACUUGUCUUGACAAUCUUUGUCUGGAGUGUAACAACUUUCUAUGUGGACACUAUACGUCAGAUACUAUACGUCAGCCGUCAUUGGAAGUAUUUGUGGAUUGCUGCUUCAGAGUGUAUGUAUGUGUAUGUUAGUUGUGAGAAAGUUGUAUAUAUUGCUAUUAUUGCAUAUGUGACUGUUAAAUAUGUACAUUAUUGUAAUAAACUCAUGUAUAUAGUGUA